GUAGAGUCCGGGUCGACGAUGAGUAACCCACUAGACCAGCGCCACCUGCUGGACGGCGAGGGCCCAAGGACCGCCAUCCCAACCUUUUCUGUAGACCGUCGUGUCCUCAACCACCGCCCAGUGUCGGUGAAUAUCAGCGACCGAUCAAGCAGCGUCUCCGAUGGUGGGCCCAGUGAACUACCUCCGCCCUACUCUACUCUUGUUGCUGUCCGUACCUCCUCCGCCUACACUAGCACACCGUCGCCACUCCCGACCUCACCCAUCUACCCCAACAGCCAUUCCCCUUACGUCAUCAGUGGCGGCGACAGUGGCUACAGUUCUGGGCCCCUCGCCACCUUCCCGCAGUCCUUCAUGUCUCCGGCCUCACCAGCCCGCCCACCGCCCAACAGACUGCCGCCCACGCUGCCUCAGAUCUUCACUCCCGCCCUUACGCCCACCACCCGCCCCUGCAGCACUGCCCACAUAAUCCACGCUCACCACCAAGGCCCAGAUGAUCAUCUCUAUACUGCAACCAAGUUCUAAAAGGACCCAGUCUUCCGCCAUGUGGUAUCGGAAAUCAAAGAACGUGUCUUAUUUUUCCUGGCUGGUGGAAAGUUAGUGUUUGUGAUGGUUUUUAGUAAUCAUCUACGCCAGGGAAGGAGACAUGGUGCUGUGGAGAACACAUUAUAAGGGCACGGCUUUGUCGGUGCUGUUCCGCAAAAAUAAGAGUUAUUCAUUUUAAAAAGCAAAUAUCAGACAAAUAUAUAAUUUGGUCAGGAGUAGCUGAUGUGAACACAUAAGAUAAGCAGUAAGUAAUAGAAGGAAAAGAUCAAGAAGUACAACUUACAAACAAUAUUUUAUAUAAAUACAGUAUAUCUUUUUUUGGAAUUUUGCAGAAAACAACUCAAAUAGCAUAGUUAACCAAAACUUCUGUAUCAUGCGCGAGGGGAGAUAACGUGACCAUUGCCGACCAAGAUUAAUUUUUGAUAUUUUGGUCAUUUCUAAGCCAACCUCCAAACGGAGGCCCGUCCAGCUUAGUUAGGUUAGACCUACGGCUGUU